AUGGAAAGAGAGAAUCGGAAAGUGGUCUAUUGGAAAUUCCUCAACCAAAACAAUUGGAGUCCUCAAGAAUUCGGGAUUCAUAGAGAAGCCCCUUCAAAGAAAGUGUUCAAGAAGGGUUUCAUAAAGUUUAGCAAACUUUAUUUCAACACUCGUCAUGAGUUGUGGAGGCGACGGAAGAGUCCCGAUCAGCCCCAGACUCGAGAAAGGAGUAAAUCGCCUAACAAGGCUCAGGUUGAACAAGGGAACCGGUCAGAAGUGAAUGCUAAUCAAAUGAGCACCUGAACUCAACGAAAUAAAGCUAAUUUUAUAAUUUUUGGUGGCGAUAAACCAGAGGAGUCAAAGGAGACUAACAGAGAAUCUUCAAAUUCGCUAAUCUCAAAGACUAAAUAUUUUGGGAAGAUCAAUUUUAAUAAGCUAAAUCGGAGAAAAUCAGUUGAAAAGGAGAGGCAUUUUCCUGACUUUAAUACAAUUCUGAUGCCAGAUGUCUUGCUUCCACCGCGUAAUGACUCUACCUCGAAAAGAUAAACAAUAUUAAGCGAGUGGAGAUCAAUAAAAGUGUUGAUUAUUUGGAUAGCAAACGUGACUGAUUUCGGAGGAAUCGAAUAAAAUAUGGAAGUAACACUACGACUAAACAUCUUAAUGUCAGUUCAGAAUACAAGCAGCAGCCGGAGCAGGCUACUCUUCCAGCCAUUUUCUCUAACCAUUGAAUCACCAAGUCUACCUAUCAAGAAGAGCCUGCUUUGGAAAAGGGAAAUGUUGG